AUAGUAAGCGCUUUGCGACCUGCGGAAAAACUUGUGUAAAGUGCGGCGUUUGAAUUAGCGUGAGUGUUUUAUGUAAAGGUGGUUUAGGAAUAUUAAUAUUCCUUGAUGCUGUUAAAAAUGCUUCUUUGAGAUACAAAACAUUUUAUGGUGUACAUUUUGGAUUUUAUUAUUGUUCGACAAAAAUUGGAUUUGUGGUUUUGUUUAUAUGGAUGUUCUACCAAGGUGCUCACUUGACGGAUUUUUUUGACAGCUAAGAAGCAAGUGUUAAAGGAGGUUUAGGAUGCAUGUGAUGUGGUUCCAGACGUAAUUACCCUUUAAUUUACUUUCGUUUUCACCAUGGCGCCGACCCCGGGACCCAUCCCGGGCAGUGCGGGCCAGGUGAUAACCGAGCCGCAGGACGCAUCCUUCCUUGCAGGCCCCAGGAAGAGCAUGACAGUAAGCACUAAAGGACUGCUGAAUAUGCCAGGUCAAAACAAUUGCUUCCUCAACAGUGCAGUACAAGUUCUUUGGCAUUUGGAUACUUUUAGAAGAAACUUUCGAGAACUUACUGGUCAUGCGUGCAUGGCGGAAUCGUGUAUAUUUUGUGCGCUAAAGGAGUUAUUUACUCAGUUCCAGUACAGUCAGGAAUCUGCCUUACCUCCUGAUGCUUUACGCCAUGCCCUCGCUAAAACAUUUUGCGACCAAAGACGAUUUCAAUUGGGCUUUAUGGAUGACGCAGCCGAAUGUUUUGAAAAUAUACUUUCAAGAAUUCAUGUUCACAUUGCAAACCAAGAGACCGAUGAUAUGUGUGGAAACAUUCAUUGCAUACCUCAUCAAAAAUUUGCGAUGACACUUGUCGAACAACGUAUAUGCCAUAGCUGUGGUGCUACAUCAGAGCCUUUGCCAUUCACACAAAUGGUUCAUUAUGUAACAACUUCGGCAUUGUGCAAAAAAACUUUGGAUGUACGAGAGCAGCAAGAAAUGAAUUCCAGAUUCCCUUCUUUUGGAAAGUGUUUAAGACUUGCUGGAGAAAUGGGUGAAAUCCGAGAUUGCCCGAGUGAAUGUGGGGCAAAAGUGCACGUGAAGAAGACUCUGAUGAAUCAUCCUGAAGUUGUGAGCAUCGGUCUCGUUUGGGAUUCUGAAUGUCCAACUCUUCAACAUAUUACUGAUGUUUUCCAUAGCAUAGGAAUGUAUUUACAGUUAAAAGAUAUGUUUCACUACAUGUUUGAUUUGGAGUGGGCAAGCAAAGUGACACAUCAGUUGGUUGGUGUAGUUACCUACUAUGGAAAACACUACUCAACUUUCUUUUUCCACACGAAACUUAGAGUUUGGAUUUAUUUUGAUGAUGCAACAGUUCGUGAGGUUGGACCGAGUUGGGAGCAGGUGGUAGAGAAAUGUCAAAGGGGACGUUUUCAACCUCUUCUACUCUUGUUUGCUAGCCCAGAUGGUGUAGAUGUACCAAAACAAGAUCACUUCAUGCAUUGCAACAACUAUUCCAGUAACCCAUCAUCACCUUAUGUGAACCAAAGACAAGCUAUUGUUAAACAGUAUAUGAUGUUCCAAAAGUCAUAUCAAGAAGCAGCCAAACACGAAUACUCACCAGCAAGAAACUCUGAAAUUAAGUAUCCAUAUGAUUCCUACAUGUACAAUGGGUAUAAAACGAGUGAUCAAACUUUGCCACCUCCUUAUAUUUCUCACGUACCAAAUGUUCCCUACAAUCAAGGACAAGUAUUCAAUGCACAGAGUAACCACAAUCCUCCAGUAUAUAGUAACUUACAAUACUUAAAUACUCUGCAGUAUCAUCGUGAGAACUCUGAUAUCACGAAGCUAAAUGAAAUAUCCUUACCUGGUGUUCAACAAGUGCCACAGAACAGUUCGAGGAAUAGUUUGAACCCUGUCGAUCAAAAUAUGUACAGUGUAAAUAAUUUUGAACAGCAGAACUGCAAAGAUUUCGAUGGUGCCAAAGAUAGUGACUCAGCUUUCACCGAAGAAGAUUUAGAAGCCAGUGAUUUGUACAUCAGCCGCAAGGCAGUUGAAAAUGUUCUGAACCAUCAGAAACGUCAGCUGUCAUUGUGUCGAUCUUACAGUCAAAGUUCAGUGGGCAACAGGAAUAGCAGUAGUAGUUUGGAAUCUUUUGACAAUGUUCAAAACACUAAAAUGAGCCCUAUUAAAAAUCAACAAAUUGAGAAUAGAAGAGAUUCUGGAUCAUGGAGCAGUGAUCGUAACAGUUCGUCUAGCAAUAACUCUGUGGAAAAUCCAUUCCUAACUGUCGUUGCAUCCAAAAGGUUACUGCUGGGGCUAAAUAAAAAAAGCCAACUACCCAUCUACACCAAUGCAAACACUUCCGACCAUGGAUAUGAUUCCUAUUCUGUUUCAAGUUCUGACAGUUAUCCAUCUGUGAAUGGCUCACCCGUAAAGUUAGAUCCAAGAUUGACACAAAUACCAGAAGUUUGGCAGCCAGACGAGGAGCCUGAUUUGGAACAUAAACUGAAAUUGGUUACAGAGGACACACAAGGGCCUCCAGACUGUGAUAAGCUUUGCGCAGAAGCUGAUUUGCUACUUGCUAAAUCUCACGAAAAAGAAAAGGAUGGUGACUUGGUAAUGGCUGCACUGCUUUCUGAUUCUGCUGCAGCUAGAGCAAGAGCUGCAAUGGAAGCGCCAUACAAUAAUUCUCGGUCCUUAGUAAGUGCCAAAAUGAAGCAUAGUACAUGUGUUAUGAGGUCUUCCAACUUAUACCGUAGAUUAAAAGACCAUGAAUUAGAUGAAAGGAGAAAACAAAAAAGUCAUACUGGUCACCACAGCAGGCAAUCUAGCAGAGAUAGCACUCAUUCUAAGCAUAGCCGUCAAGGUAGCAAAGAUAGUUCCCAUUCUAAAACAGGAAGUAAAGAUAGUAAUCCUAAUUCCGAUGACACAGAAAAUUUUGGGAAAAACAUAGAAAUAUAUGGAACUUUACCAAAAAAAGGUAGUAGGAAAAAGAAUGCUGGAACCUCAGGAUCUUUGAAAGUGAAAGAUGAUCAAGUGUAUAAGGACUUUUUAGACAAACAACGAAAAAAUACAAGUCUUUCAAACUCCUUACACGAAACACUUUUGAAGAAUGUUGACGUUAAUCAAACUGAUGUUACAACAAAAGUGAAAACACCGGUAGUAGCUGAAAAACCACACAGAAAAAUUCCUACUGAUGGAACAAUUACGAAAUCUCCCGUAAAGAAAAAACCAGAAGUUCCUCAAAGACAUGAUGUAGAAAAAAGAAAAUCUCAAAAGCAACUGGUAGAGCCCUCUUACCAGGGACUUUUCUUUGAUGGUAAGAAUGAUGUGCAUAGCAAAGAUCUAUUGUCCCCUGUGACUUCGCCAGACAAGAAGCAGCACAAAAUAAAAAGGAAGUUAAUGGGAGGUUUCAUGAAACGCAAGAACAGAAGUCUACCUGAUCUCAGAGAAGAUCAAAAUUUAGCUAAUCCUAUGGAUCCCUUCCUCGAUGAUGCCAUAAUCAGAGUUCCUCCCACAAUGAUGUUGCCAAAUGGAAAAUCAAAGAUAGAUGGUCAAACAAACAGCAGCAUUGGUAAUCUCAUGAGAGGGUUUCAUCAACCACACCAUGCAUUUGUGAAAAAAGACUUAACACAGCGUCCAUUACUCAGAAAAGUUAACCCACCAAAUAUUCAGCCUUCAAUUCUGACAAGUCCUAAGAGUAAACCAAACAAUACUUUACCAUCUCUAAGCAAAAAAAUGCAAGACACAAAUAAAUUGGAAUUAAGUUCAAAUACAAACAUGAAGCCUUCUAAAAUACCAUUUAUUUCAACAUUUCCCAAAAAUGAUUCCUCAAAUUUACCACCAUUAGCACCAAUUCGUCAAGAUUCAAAAUGCCUCUCAAAGGUAGCUUCCACACAUAAAUCUUCAGCCAUACCUGUACUUACACCACAAGUUCCUCUUUCUCCCAUUAAAGUGGUCAAUGUCCCAAAAGAACCAGAAGCCAGAAGUACUAGUGAGAUAAAGCAAAACAGUAUCACAUCAAAUGAUUCUGAAGAGCUUCCUCAACCGUCAAAUCCAUUUUUAGCUGAAAUACAAGCAAAGAGAAAGCAAGUUUUAAAUAAAACAUUGCAAAAGCCUGAACUUUUAAAAGAAGCUAAGAAUCAAAAUGCACAAAGUCUUCCGAAUGACACCAAAGAACUAUCAAUGCUACCAAAACUAGCACUUCAUGCAGGAGAAACAUCAUGGUUGAAAGAGCUUCAAAGCAAACAGCAACAAAUCUUAAAGAGACAAGAUAGUUCUUUGGGAUUUCCAGAUACUGCUAACCACAACAAUCAAGGUAAGCCUCAAACCAACCAGCAACAAAUCUUAGAGAGACAAGAUAGUACAUUAGGAUCUCCAGAUACUGCAAAAUACAAUAAUCAAAGCAUGUCUCAAACCAACCAGCAACAGAUCUUAAACAGACAAGACAGUACAUUGGGAUUUACAGAUACGGCUAACUACAGCAAUCAAGGCACGGCUCAAACCAACCAGCAACAUAUCUUAAAGAGACAAGACAGUACAUUGGGAAUUCCAGAUAACGCUAGCUACAACAGUCAAAGCAGGCCUCAAGCCAACCCACAGCAAAUCUUUAAAAGACAAGGCAGCUCAUUAGGAUUUGCAGAUACUACUAGCUAUAACAGUCAAGCAGCUGUAAAAUCCAAUGGAUCUGGAAACGUACAAAGAGAACCAUCAAGCACAAGCAUUGUAGCAGAAACAAAUUGGAAGCUUCCUUCAGACAAAAGUUCUGAAGAUAAAGAAAGUUCUCCAAAGAAUAAAACUAGCAGCACUAGCAUGAAAAGUAGUGUGAAAAAUCUUGCGUCAAGAUUUGAAAAUGUGCUACUGAAACCAAAAGAACCAACUACAAAUGUAGUUUGUCCGUUUGAAAACACUGCAGAUCACGCUAGUUCUCCCAAAAGUGACGAGAAACAAUCUAUGGAAAUAAAAGAGAGUCCCAAAUGCAUUACAGCAAGCAAUUUUAACAAAAAUUCUGACAGCAAUACAAAUACACCUUCAAAUAUAGUUUUGCCAUUGAAGUCUGCUUUGAAAGUUCGUUCUGAGCCCAAAAAUGAGAUAGUCGACUCAAAAUUCCAAACGAUCAUUUCCGAUAACGUCGGUCUUCCACCUCCACCGAGCCCUUCCAAACUUAACUUCAAUCAUGAUAUGACACUUGAUUCAAAAGGAAUCGAUGUAGUGGACAGUGCAACUACUCUUCAGCAAAGACCAGUACAACCACCAGAUUAUGCAACAGCAAUGCAACGCCUAGAGCGUUUACGAACUUCUUUGGGAGACCAUCCAACUGAAUCUGAAACUGUACACCACAUAAAUUUGCAAAGUUCUCCAAAAAAGAGGCAAGGACCUAAAAAAACUGUAACGUUUUCAGAUGAGGUUGUGUUAGUAGCGUGCGCUGAAUAUGAUGAAAUUGAUUUUUCCAGCAAUCCACUGUUUGAACGAGUGUAUCAGCAACAUGUGGAAUCUGGAAAAGGUGAAAUUCCAAUUUUAAGUAACAGUUUAAACAGGUUAGAUGAGCCUGGACUUCCUGUGAUGAACUCGAGCACAAGUUCACCAUGCAAUUUGUGCCACAAUAAGCAAGUGUGCCCACCAAGUAUAUACUGCAAUGAUUGUGAUUUUUAUUUGUCUAGGUAUAAACCUUCACAAUGAUGUCUGUACUUAUAAUCUAUACACAGAUAUUUGAAUAUCAGUGCUGACUGUGAUAUAAAUAUAUUUUUUUGUUAAAUAAUGUCAAGCGCACAACGAAUUUAUUAACAAUACUAUCUAGUACAAGUUUGAUAUAAAAACUGCUUCUUUUAAAAAAUAAAAAAAUAAUAAUACUUAAAUCUGUAAUUUUGACAUAAUUCCCUAUGAACAAUAAUUUGAAACAAAAAUAUUUUUCAUUGCUAUAUGUUAGAAGUUAAAACUUACUUGUUAAAGAUUACUUUAUGUGAUAAAUUUUCCUAAUUAUUUAAAAGAGUGAAAGAAAUAUAUUUAAUGAAACAUUUGAAACAAAGUUACAACCUUAAAAUUUUUCAUGUUCAAAUUGUACUUUAAAAUUCUAAUGUACACCUACAUUUUAACACUAAUCUUAUAUCCAUUUAAGUAUUCACACACAAGUAAAAAUAAAUUCAAAUCAAAUAAUUUAAAAAUUACUAUAACUUCAGCAUAUAAAAAAUAUUUUUACACCUUUGACUAGGCAUACAAUUAGUAUCAAAUGGCAUUUCAUUUCUUUUAAUGUAUAAAUAAAUUUGUAUAUUUUGUGUAUAAUUCCAUGAAUUGUUGAUGAUUUUGUGAUAAAAAUAUACCUCAGUUUAACAAAGCUGCAUUCCAUACAGAAAAUAUAUUAAUAGUAAUAACAAUUGAAAUUUUAUUAAAAAAGAAAAUUGAAAAAAUAUUUUAGCAACUGAUGCAAAUAGUUUCUUUUAAAAAGAUAUCAUACUGCUAAAAAAUUCAUAUCUGACGGUUUAUUGUGACAGUAAUUUCUUAAUAGUUCUGUUGUAUUUAAGUACAAAACUUACAAAAAUUAGUAAAAAAAAAGCAAAUACUGUGCCUCACAUGGUGACACAAUUGAAUUGUUAUGAUAGAAAUACAAAGAUUUCAAGUUUCAAAAUAGCUCAUUUGUUAUUGCUUAAAAAGCAAGUUUUAAGGGAUUAUGGUAAAACAAAUGUUAAACUGAGAGAUAAUAAUUUCAUAUUUUUAUUUUGUUGAGUGAGUGAGGGAAAAAAAUGAGCUUUAUGUGAUCUCAUUGUAAAUAAAGCACAAGUGUUCACUGGUACUAUAGUACAAUGCAUUGACUGGCUAACAGGGUCAAUAUAUUUUUCAUUAGAUUAUUUUGAAUCCAUACAUACAUUCCAUUGAUGUACAGAUCAUUGCCUUCCUUUGUAAAGACCAGUUACUUGUGCCAAAGAAUGUUAAUAUGUAAGAAUUUGUGCAUGUAUAAUUUUAUUUUUGUAAUUAGUAUUAAAA